UGACGACGGCUCUCGGACUUUUUUCAGCCGGGACUCCCGUCUAAAGUCUGCAGAAUAUGCCGGCUUGGCGUCGACGCUAGUCGUUCUUCGGAUGCGACCAAACUCGUAGGGUUUUUAUGUGGUACCUGUCGCGCACCAUGAGGUUUCUGUUAGCGGUUCUUGUGCUCAGUUACGACUUUUGCUUCGCAUCGGCGUUGACCACACCAACCCCGACGAGAGAGUCUUGUGACGUCAGCGGCCUAGAUGGCCGGCUGGCAAAAUUAGAAGCGUUGAUUGCCGAAAAAUCCGACAUUGCGCGUGCGCAGAUCGAUAACGCUAACAGGCGACUGCAGCACAUAGAGCGGCAAACGUAUCUGAUGCAAAACGCAUUCGACGAGUGCCGAAACCAAGCGAGACGAUCCGCAGACGGCACACAGACGACCCUGAGGCACGCCUACCGCGACAAGCAGGAAGCGAAGGUGGAGACGAGGCUGGAGGGCAUCGCCAAGAGCGAGCAGCUUUCGCUCGUCGCUUUGAGAAUGAUAAGCGCCGACCUGGAGGACGUCGGCAAAAACGUUUCCGGUCUUUCCGCAGUGGUGGGUGAAAUCCUUUCGAACCUCGCCCCAAAACAAGGUUCCCCCCAAAAACCGACCUCUCCGCCUCGGAACUGCCGCGAGAUCCAGAACGGAAAGAGCGGCGUGCACCUGGUGUACCCGGUGGACGCGGAGCCGUUGAUGGUAUUCUGCGACAUGGAGUCCACGGGCGGGGGAUGGUUGGUGAUUCACAACCGCCACGAAGGCUCCCAGGAUUUCUACCUCGGCUGGGAGGAGUACAAGAACGGGUUCGGCAACCUCGCCGGGGAAUUCUGGCUGGGGUUGGAGAACGUUUACCGGUUGACCGGGCGUACCGUGCACGAGCUCCUCGUGGAACUGGUAGACGUGAACAAAAUAAAAACUAGCGCUCACUACGCGGUCUUCGGAAUCGGGUCCGAAGCGGAAGGCUACUCGCUGAAACUCCUCGGUGGUUACCAGGGGGACGCGGGGGAUUCUCUAGCGUACCACGCGGGGAGCAGGUUCACCACCAAGGACAAGGACCAAGACGGAUGGUUCGAGGGUAACUGCGCCAUGUCCCACAGGGGCGCGUGGUGGUAUCGCGCCUGUGACACCAGUAACCUCAACGGAGCGUACGCUCCCGGCGAUCUGCCGGACGCGAACACCUACCAGGGGAUGUACUGGAGGGAUUUCAGGGGUCCCCAGUACGGUCUGCUCCAGGCCAGGAUGAUGAUCAGGCCUAGGGACGGAGGCGGCCCCACCGUGACGCUCGGCGGUACAGCCAAUCUGUGAGCGGCGAUGACGUCGCCUUUCGAUAUACUGCCAUAGCGAUUUUACGCGGCCAAAAACUAUUUCGUAAACAUUAAUUUCAUUGCCAGCCUGUAGUUGUUAGUUUGCCAUCGAAAUUCGUUAUUAAAAUAUU